AUUUAACUCAUCUAUUCAUGUACGGGAAGAAGUUGAAGAAGAGCAAGGCAGGGGUGGCCAACCAGCAUUUCUUGAAUAAGUUCUAUAAUGCAGAUAAAGUCACACAGUUUGGUGUUACUCUGUGUAAAGAAAUGGGCAUUGACCCAGCUACAAUGGCCAUCAAAGGUCUCAAACAUUUCUUUAAGCAUGGCAUCACUGAGGACGUCGUUAAGAUGAAUUACAUCAGGUAUGAGGAACGUAGGAAAUUGAAGUUACUCAUGAUCGAGGAGUUUGAUUCACAAAAAUAGCAACCUUGGAGGUGACACUGGAGCUUACCAUGACCAUAACAGCUUUCUAAGAGCUCGAAAGAUGAGUAAAUCUCAAAAUCGAGUAAACAGUGGAAAUUUGGCUAAGAAUCCAGUAAAAAGAGUCAGAAAAAUGUCUGAAAUCAGUGCUAUUAGUAAAGAUGUAACUUCCCAGAAUAUGGGGAAUAAUGAGAUACAAAUUAUCGAUGAAAUCCCUGGAAAGUCAAGGUUCAGCAACAAGAAUACUAGAUCUUUUGAUUUACACAGCAAGUUCUCCCCACAAAGAGAUUAUCUUUCUGUUAAAAACUUAGGAGAUCCUGACUUGAGACUCAAGAAGGAAGAAGCAAGACUCCAACGACUGGAAAGAGUCAAGAAAAAUCAAGAAGAAAUAGUCAAAACUCAAGCUACCAAGAUAGCCCAGAUGAUGAUGAAAAAUCUCGAAAAGCAGAAAAGAAAGAGCAGAGAUCUCCAAGACCAGAAGAAAAUAACUACUGAAAAAAUCCUCAGUCUCCAAGAGAAAAAGGACAAUAUCGCUAGAAAAAGAAGACUCCAAGAAAUCCAAGAAGAAGGAAAAAGAUAUGACAAGUAUAAAUAGAGACAUGAGAGAGGUCACGAAACGUCUCAAAAUGAAAGAAGAGGACAACCUCCGAAAGAAUAUUGAGGACUACAACUCUUAUGAAAACAAGAGGAGGGCUCACAGUACAUUUAGAUUGUCUAGGACUUAUACUGACAAGCUAGACUCUAACUCUAACAAGGUUAAUUUAAGCACUAAAAAGCAAAGAUUGACUUCAAAUUCACACUAUCAUUCCAGAAGCAUGAAUGAAUACCAAGAAAUUGAAGAGACCAAAGAGCAGCUCAGAAAACUAGACAAGAAAAUACAGCAAAGUCAAGAGAAUAGGCAAAAGAUUCUACAAGAGAAAGUUGCCCCUGUCAAAGACCACUUAAAUAGAAUAACAAAAGCAUUAGAAAUAGUGCAUUCCUCCGAACAUGACCAGCUAAGCAAAUAAGCUCCUGAAAUACUCUAAGAAGGACAAAAUGGUAAAUGAAGCUAGAAAGAGGAAGAAGAACAUCAGUCAGCACCACUAUAAUGAAAAAGAGCAAGAGCUCUCUAAAGCAUUCUAUGAAAACCGUCAAAGACUUGAAACUGAAGAAAGAGAAAAGAUCAACUCUUUGAAUAAAUUAAUGCGGAAAUAAAAUGAAGUCUGUUGAUCUAGCCAAGCAGAGAAUUGAAGAAGAGUCUAAGCAAAAGGCUCAACUUAGACAACAAAAAGAAUCCCAGGUUCAAGAUUCUGCUAAGAAGGAGAAAACACGGAUCAAGAUGGGUGCAAUGAGGAUCAUCACCAAGCAUUUGAAACCAAAUCCUAAACAGUACCAAGCUGAUGUCAUGAAGCAGGUUAACGAUAUCAUUAUAAGAAAUGAUAUGAAGCACAGAGAGAAUAUGGUCCAUCAGUCAGGAAAUUACGUAGAUGCCUAUGUAAACUCUAUCAAAAAAUCCAGAAGAACCCAGAGCAACAGUAACAAGUUCACAAAGUAUGGCAAUGAGUUUGGGAUCCUUGAAGUCCUUCCAGAUGUCAGGAAGAAGUCUAAAGAAGAUGAGGUCUAAU